AUGUCGACACGCUCCUACUCCAUCGUCGAACCCCAUCCCAACCCUUCACCCUCAGCACACUACAUCUCCACCGGUCGCGGCGGCGCCGGCAACGCCAUCCGCACACGCGGUGCCGACGCAACAGCCCCCGCUGCCGCCGCCGCCAUCCGCGCCUCCCUAGCCACAUCCAAGACGUCGCCGUCGUCCGUGUCCACCCACUCAUCAACCCACCGACAAUGGUCAACCGGCGGGCGUGGCGGCGCGGGGAACGUCUUCCCGGCCUCGGAGCGCGCCAUCUUCUCCUUUGACGAAGAGCUCGAGCGCCAACUACGGCGCGAGAGGGACGUCGCGCCCGUGUAUCACGUCGGGAGAGGCGGCGCGGGAAAUCUCAUGUACGGCGCCUCCGGGUCGGAGAGGAAGGUGGAGAGGCGAAUGAGCGACGACAGCGGCGCCAGCUUGGCCAGCACGAGUAGCCGGGGGAGCGAGUCUGGUGCGGACACAUUCAACCGGAGCGUCAAGAAGGGGUGGAAGAAGAUCACGGGCGCACAUUAG